CGUUUGCUGAGCGUUGCCAUGUCGGAGACUGCUCCAGCCCCAGCUGCGGAAGCAGCACCGGCAGCCCCUGCAGCUGCUGCCAAAGCGACCGCCAAAAAGGUGAAGAAGGCGGCGGGUAGUUCCAAAGGCCGGAAGCCCGCGGGCCCUAGCGUCACUGAGCUGAUCACCAAGGCCGUGUCCGCCUCCAAGGAACGCAAGGGGCUCUCCCUCGCCGCACUCAAAAAGGCAUUGGCCGCCGGCGGCUACGAUGUGGAGAAGAACAACAGCCGCAUCAAGCUGGGGCUCAAGAGCCUUGUCAGCAAAGGUACCUUGGUGCAGACUAAGGGCACCGGUGCUUCCGGCUCUUUUCGGCUUAGUAAGAAGCCGGGAGAGGUGAAAGAAAAAGCUCCGAAAAAGCGAGCAGCUGUGGCCAAACCCAAGAAGCCGGCAGCUAAGAAACCUGCCAGCGCCGCUAAGAAGCCCAAGAAAGCAGUGACGGCUAAGAAGAGCCCCAAGAAAGUGAGGAAGCCUGCGGUUGCUUCCGCCAAGAAGGCGGCCAAGAGCCCCAAAAAGGCGAUUAAGGUUGCCAAGCCCAAGAAGGCGGCGGCAGCAGCUAAGAGUCCAGCCAAGGCGAAAGCGGUGAAGCCCAAAGCAGCUAAGCCUAAGCGUUCCUUGGAGGCGGACACGGCCUUGGUGAUCAGCUCGGUAACGCUGGGGCCCGCGGCCUUCCGGACUCUAGAGCCACCCGUCGCCUUUUUCGGUUUCUUGGUCGCAGCUUUGGCGCCAGGGACCGGGGCAGCAGCAGGCACGGCAACAGGAGCAGUCUCCGCCAUGAUAGCUACGAAACACUCAGCGGCGGCCCGAGCGGCAGCUCCCCUAUUUAUAGAAGCGCGGCGCGCACUGAUUGGUGACUCCUGGGCGCCCCGCCCCACCACCUCCCAGCGCUCCGCGAUCCGGGUUGUGUUUCUUUGA